AUGCCCUUGAUCUUGUUAACUGGGUUCCCGGCUUGCGGUAAAACCACUCAGGCUCGCCAGCUGGUUUCUGCGCUUCAGGACAAGAUCUCGCAAGAGCCAGCGCUCUCAAAAUACUCUGUCGUUUACCAUUCUGACGAAACGUUGGGUAUUAGACAUGAUGAGUAUCGAACGUCGCAGGACGAAAGACGCUUGAGAUCAAAGAUCCUGUCCGCAGUGAAACGAGAUUUGUCACGCACGCGAAUAGUUGUAGUCGAUUCGCUCAACUAUAUCAAGGGAUUCCGCUACCAGUUGCAUUGUGAAGUGAAAAAUGUUGCCACAACUUAUUGUUUGGUUCACGUUAUGUGUGCAGGGGAGACGCUUGCACGGUGGAAUAAAUCGGGUGAUGUGUCGCCUACGGGUGACGCCGACCACCCGGAGACGGCCGGCGUGCCCUGGGACGAAGAUCUAUUGGCCCAACUCAUCCAGCGAUACGAAGAACCAAAUUCGCAGACUCGAUGGGAUUCACCGCUUAUACCUGUACUUGCACCCGAAGACUCGCUUUUUGCACUACGUGAACAAGUUUUCCGGGUCAUUUUCCCACAAUUGUACCGUGACGGCAAUGAUCGCGAAACGUUACGCCUUUUGAACGCUAUAAAACCAAACAACUCGACCAUCUUAAGACCCGCUUCAGCAGUCAAUUCCGUGCAAAUGCUUGAUGCGGAAACUUCAGCCGUGGUCAAGAAAAUUGCCGCUGCGUUGCAAAUCAAUGUGGUUUCGGGUCCUACGCGUGUAUUCGUAUCGGAAACCACGGACGUCAACGACCCCAAUUGCGUCUUUGUAGAGUUACCUGCCGAAGGUGCGUCUGUCGCGCAAUUGCAACGUAUACGGCGGCAGUUUGUCGCACUCAACAGGCUUAGAAGUAUUGAAAGGAAUCGUGUCGUGUGUCUCUUCGCAGAGUAUCUUAACAAAAACCUACGCGAGUUGUAG